CCAUAGAAAUGAAAUAAUGCAUGACCAGCAACAGAAAAGCAUUGACAGGAAUGUGGAGAGUUGAAGCCGCAUUUUCGCUCCAGUCCCCCCAAAACCACCCUCUUCAUGAACUAACUUCUUUUCUAAAUUUUUCUUUUGUAUCGAACUGGUUUAGCGGAUUGUAAUAUGCGGCCCUCCCCCUCUCCCCCUCUGCCUGUCUCCCACCUCUGUCACAGCCAAAUUGGGAGCCUGUCUCCAUGACAACGUGGAACAGGAGGGGUUUGCCAGUUGGAGUCAAUCAGUUGGCAUCACCGCUCGAAACCUCCACACUGCAUCACGCCCUGAGUGGAAUGGACGAAAAGGACCAGAAAGAAAAUGGGGAGUAUACUGGAGAGAUAAAGGGUGGACUACGGCCUUCAAUGAAGCUGGUGGUCAUUGGAAUUAUUAACAAAGAACCUAAAAACAUCGAGGUGAUUCUGUCCUGUGAGCCCGAGGAGGAGGACACGGACGCCGAUGUGGGAUUUCAGCUGAAGGUGAGCUUCAUGGAUAAAGCCGUCCAACGCAACGCUCGCCUGGCUGGAGAGUGGGGAAGACCUGAAACUACCCUCUCCUACUUUCCAUUUGCACCGGGAGAAUCCUUCAAGAUGGAGAUAGUUUGUGAGCACCAGCAGUUUCGCGUCUUGGUGGACGGACAGCCUCUGUGCGGAUUCACCCACCGGCUCUCCCAGCUCGCCUCCCUCACUGCCUUACGCGUCUUUGGAGACCUUCAGCUCACCAAGGUGGCCUAAAACACCAGCGCUGGUGGUUAGAAUAGAGCUUCUCUGAAUGAAGUGACCCAGGAGGGGGGGGGAAAGUGACGCCUGUCUCGUAAUCACGUGUUGAGAGCAUUCACUAGAUUACCUGUUUGGGGACUUGAAGUUAGACUGAAUGUAAACGGUUGUCAGUGUCUUAAAUCAAGGAAUGUGAUGUGAACUGUUGCAAUCGUGGUCCAAGCGACACUACUUUCUCUUCCCGGUGAACAUUUGCACAGACGUGAUGCGUCACUGCUGAAAGGAGUGCCACAUCCGUCUGAGCGCAUUCGAAACCUCUGACGUCUGUCUUUGAUUCCUCCGCAGUUAACCUUUGAAAGCACUUACUCUUAUACGAGCGCCUGCAUGAAGACGAAUGUUUCUGAAAUCAACCGAUUGCCGCUCUGUGCCCGACUCAGUGCUCUAACAUGUAGUAAUAUAAAGCGACUCGUUGCAUGCCGUUAACACACAGCGUUGGUUUGUCUCCAGAUUAAACACAAAGUUGCAGAGGAUGUAGAACUUUCUGUUAUUUUAACAAUAUUUAACAAUAACAACCAUGAAAAGCUUCCAAUGCCCUCGGGUUCUUGUGCUUUUCUUCUCCCCUGUGUGAACGUUUCAUACUGACUUUACUGCGCUGCAAUAAAUCACCUUUGUUGUUAAAUGUU